AUGAUGCACCGCAGACCACUUUAUCCACCCUGACAACAACCACCACUACAACCAUGUCAUCUUCAAUUGCGACCCCUUCAACAAGUGGCACCUACACGACGGCGACAACCACUACCACCGUGUCAUCUUCGAUUGCGACCCCUUCAACCACGAUUGUGACAUCGCCCUCACCAAGUUUUGACGAGUUAUUUAUAAGUCGCCAAUCAUUGCCUAUUGUCCCCCAAGUUAUAGAAGAUGACACAGAUGAGGCAAUGCAUGACUCUGAUGAAGAUGACCAAGUCUGCGAGGCUGGUCCUAUUUUCCAUGGAAGUGGGAUACAAGUUGGUGUUAUUAAGGAGGAUGCCAGUGACAGGGGUAUAUUCCACCCACCAGGCUUGCUUCACUCCUCCCUGGUAGAGUGUAUCAGAAUGGCGCAGCAUGAAAGCGGGACUGCUGAACCUACUUUCCUGCCAUUUACAUUUAAAGCAGUAUUGGGACAAGCACAUGACUCAUGCCGCGGACUUGUUAUUGUUUUAAUAUGCAGCAGGCUUUUUUUAAAGCCAUGCGAGAAAGAGCUUUUAAGUCACCUUGCUGAUAUAUCCCAAUCCUCCAACUCUGCCACACCCAUAUUUUGGUUAGGGGCGAUGAAUACAGAAUAUGGCAAAGAUGCUUCAGAUUCUUUGGGAGGUGAGCAUAUCAGGACACCACAAGUGAUUGUCUGCUCACCAUCUCUUGGACAAGCAGUCCCAACAAUUAUUGAGCGGUUUGUUGGCGCAGCCGAGUUACGAAAGGAAGCUUUUGAAAGGGCAUUACAGUGUAUGGGGCGGACACUUGAAGUUUUCAAGACGGAGCGGCUCAGAAUGAAGGAAAGAGAACUGCUUCUUCGACAGCAGAAGGAUGCACUUGAAGCUUCCCUUUGCAAUGACAGGAAAAAGGAUCAGCACAGCCAGACGACCAUCGUUUCUAAGAUGUUUGAUACAACUGGCAAGCUCCAAGAGAAGGAGGAUGAUGUGAUGGGGGGACCGGUGGAGCCUCAAAAUCUUAACGUACCAGCAGAGGUGUCUCCUGCACAUAGUGAGGUGCCACAAGAGGUAUUGGACACACAAAAUGAGGAAAAAAUUAGGAGGCAACGCAAAGAAAGGGUCUGUGCCCCACCCGAGGGUGCAGACAUUGUUAAAAUAGCCGUCAGAGGCCCUGAUGGCAAACUAAUAAGGAACUCCUUUUCCAAGCAUUCCUGUUUUCAGAUGGUCUAUGACUGGGCAGGAUCCAUGGCCAUUAUGCCUCUACAUUUCUCCCUGCAUAGGGCUGGAGGAGAAAUUGUGAGGCAUGAUGACCAAUUAAAGGGACAUGAGACCCUUAACUUUGCUGAAAGGGAUCACCAACAAAGUGCACAACUUUUAGGAGAUGAGGUUUCUUUCUGUGGAAACUUUCCAAUGGAAUCUCCUGCGGAAGAUACACUAAGAGAGGAGACAGUUGAAACAGCAGGCUGCAGUCAGGUACCAGCAGAGGUGUCUCUGGCAAAUGAGGUGGCAUCAGAGGUAUCAGACACCCAACCUAAGCAAAAACAAGGCGAGCAAGCAAAGAGAAAGAGAAAGAGGGGCAAGGAGAGCAAAAAAAGGAAGAACCACACAAAAAAAAUGUUUAGAAAAGAAUAGUACUUGUAAUAAAAGCAUUAUUAAAAGCAUUAAGCUUAA